CCGGCGGCGUGAGUCGUGACCGCGGUGGUGCGAAAGCACCACGAAGGAAAGCGAAGCUGCGAAGAGCGGCCUGUGGCACUGGCAGUGCACGUGUGCCGUGUGUGCUGCGGCGCGGCGCACACGGCAGGCACUGCACAGCCAGCGAGGCAGAAGAAACACAGGGAGCGCCGCGCCCCCACCAGACCUGCCCUGCCACCCACUCCAGCUCGCCGGGCUCGGGCGUUCCGGAAGAAACAAGGCUGGAAAAUAUAUUUUUUAAACAAUUCGACCAACCCCAAGUCCAGACCCGCAGCGCCCGCCGGAGGCGGAGGGAACCGAGCCGGCGACCGGCAGACCGCAGAGAAGAGGCCUGGAGCCGACCGCAGAGAAGAGGCCAGGAGCCGACCGCAGGCAGCCGCCACCGCACCAGAACCCGAGGUCUCGAGGCAAUCGAGCGCACGCGGGUCGGGGGCUGCGGCCAUGUCGGUGAGUUGCGGGCUCGAGUGGGUGGUGUGCCUUGGCUGCACGCGGUGGGCGUGGAAGCGGCUCACCUACAUCGGCGCCUACGACAGCGAGACGUGGCCGCCGGCGUCCGCCGACGAGUUCGAGCCCGUCCCGCGCCUCUGCCGCGCCGUGCUCGCGAACUACGACGAGGAGCUCUCCAGCCCCAAGUUCGCGCCGCCGGAGCACGGCUACUUCGAUAUCGACCCCAAGGGCAUCCUCAAGCGGGCUAACUACGACGAGGUCCGCAACGCGUGCCCGCCGUACCUCGUCUACGUCGACGAGGCGCACAAGGAGAUCAUCCUCGCCGUGCGCGGCCUCAACCUCGUGCGCAACGCCGACUACAAGGUGCUCAUGGACAACAAGCUCGGGAUGCAGAUGUUCGACGGCGGCUACGUGCACCACGGCCUGCUCAAGGCCGCCAAGUUCAUCCUGGAGCGGGAGACGGAGACGCUGAGGAACCUGCUGCGCCGUUACGGGCCCGAGUACAAGCUCAUCCUCACCGGCCACUCGCUCGGCUCCGGCAUCGCCGCGCUCAUGACCGUGCUGGUGGUCAACAACCGCAAGGAGUUCGACAACAUACCCAGGAGCCGAGUCAAGUGCUACGCCCUCGCGCCCGCCAGGUGUAUGUCGCUCAACCUCGCCGUCAAGUACGCUGACGUCAUCAACUCCGUCGUGCUCCAGGACGACUUUUUGCCAAGAACACCGACUCCGCUAGAGUACAUUUUUGGUUCUAUCUUCUGUUUGGACAGCUUGCCCUGCAUGCUAUUUCUCAUCUGCUUGAGAGAUACAUUUAAACAAGACAAGAGAAAAUUUAAAGAUCCAAGAAGACUGUAUGCACCUGGGCGAAUGUAUCAUAUCGUUGAGAGGAAAUUUUGCAGAUGUGGAAGAUUCCCACCUGAGGUUAGAACUGCAAUUCCAGUGGAAGGGCGCUUUGAGCAUGUUGUGUUAUCAUGCAGUACCACUUCUGAUCAUGGCAUUUAUUGGAUUGAACGAGAAUCACAAAAGGCUUUAGAGCUAAUGAUAAACAGCAAGAAGGAAACGACUCCACCUUCGCAGCAAAAGAUGGAGAGAUUGCAAAGUUUUGAGGAGGAACACAAGAAUGCUCUCCAGAGAGCAAAGACCCUGGAUGUUCCUCAUGCUGCGGACCUGUCUGAAGAGGAGAUUCAGGAGGAGGAUAGCACUGCACCACCCUCUGAUACUCAUAGCGAAACAACCACGGAAACAAAAUCUGGAGGUAGAACGAGUUGGGACGAACUGAUGGAGAAGCUUUUCACCAGGGAUGAAGAUGGGAGACUUGUCGUGAACAAGGACGCGAUGGCGAGGGAAAUUGUUGUCCUGUAACGAGUGCCGAGACUGCUCUGUCCGUGGUAGUUUAUUCUAUUAGCGAGCUGUAUAAAAGAGUAAGCUGCGGUUGUGAUAUAUUUAAAACUGUAUUCAACAGCUUAUCUAUACCCAUAUUCAUAUUCAAAGUACACUCUACAAACAGUGUAAUAUACAUUACACUGUAAAACAGUGUUUUUUUGACCAUAUGGGUGAACUGGUAUAUAUUGCACCCAUAUAGUCACCCAAAAUACUGUUUUACACCAUUUUGCAAUGUACAUUACACGUUUGUAGAAUAUAGUUUGAAUAUGUAUAUGAGUAUGAAUAAGUUGUUGGAGAUAGUAGGACUAGUUUGGAAAGUGGAAACUUAAAUCUCUUCGGGAUUCUCGAGGAUUAGAGAGAAAAUUAAUCUCAAUCUUCAGAAAUUUCGAAGAGGAUUUAAGUUUUUAAACUAGUCCUUAGUGUUUAAACUGUCUUUUUUAGAUCAAGGUCUAUCUGGUAGACAAUUACACACUUUAAAUAGUACAAAGCCCGUGUUUUAUGAUGGCA